GUAGUCAGACAGUAACGCUGCGUGGUCUCACCGAAUAGUGAAUACUGAUUAUAAUUUAUAAGUUAUAAGUUUAUGACCAUGUAAAAACACUAAAAAUUAAAAUGUAAUAUUGUAUUGUCAUUAAUGUUUUUAAAUUUUGUUUCAUUAAUUAUUAAUUACCAACUAUCCAUUAAAGCAUGGUAAAAUGGCAUUAAAUGUUGAGUCUAAUAUUUUUGGUUCAUUUGAGAAUAUAUCAUCUAAAGUUCCAUUUUGGAACAUUGACUUACCUAAAAGUCCAUGGGAUGUAGAUGAUGAUUUAGAAGACUUGGACGUAUUAUGUGAAUUGGUUAGAACUCAAUACUUGAAACAUCUUCAUCAAACAUUGCUCAAUAAUUUAGAUGUUACUAAAAGUUACAAAAAUAAACCUCUUAAUCAGAUUCAACAUUGUGUUGAUAUAUGUAUGGCUGAAUUAGAAAAGCAAGCUUUAAGACGAUGUAUGAUUGCUAGUAUUUAUCGCAAAAGCAUGACUAAUUUGAUUAAUAAAGUCAAGACUUGCACAAAAAAUUCAAUGCUAUAUGAUUUACUUAAGCUUAUUAUUGAGUCAAACAAUCAAAUACCAUUGUGUGAUAAUUUUUUUGGAGCUAAGAAUAUAACAAACAAUUCAAUAGGUAUUGAUGUAAGUGUUAAUACUGAACAAAAAUGUAAUAAAAUAACAUCAACACAGACUGAAGUAUGGACAAAUCCUGAAAAUAAUUUAACUAAUAACUUUCCUGUUAUUAAAGUUAAUACAGAUCUGGUAAAUAAACCUAAUUUAACUCCUAGUUCCUAUAAUGUAAAAUCUAAGAUCUCUGAAUCAAAUAUCUUUAAUAAUUUAAAUUCUUUAUUAAAAUCAUCUUGUUCUUCAAAUUCCUCUUCUGAUGCCUAUAUGGAAGUAAAUUAUAAGUAUGAAUCUUCUGAAUUUGAAAAUGUGCAAAAAAAAAGUGAACAAGAAAAUUCCGCUUCAAAUGAUAUAUUAAGUAUUAAUGCAUUAUUAAGAGAUCUUCAAGAUUCUCCUGAAUAUGAACAACAAUCUCCAAAAUUAGAAGAACGUUUAAUUUCACUAGGGUUAGCAAUUGAAAAUAAUAAAUCUAUAGAGAAUUCAACCGAAUUAACUAAACCAAUUAACAUAAGUCCUAGUGUUAUACGACCUGACAAAAUAAAUGAAAUUCUUAUAGACAAAGUUAAAAGUAAACGAGUAGCCAAAUCAUAUCAAUUACGAAGCAGUAUGAAUGAAUUGCCUCAAAGACUACAAAUAAGACUGAACCAGAAAUUUAAAGACUUGUUUGGAUAUAGUCAUUCUUAUGAAUGUGAUCCAUUGUCUGAAGAAGAAGAACGUAUUAUAGCACAUAAAAGGAUUGUAAAAAUGGUUGUUGAAUUUAUGACACCUUAUUACAAAGCAAAUCGUAUCAAUAGACAGUUGUUUAAAAAUCUUGCUAAAUUAAUCUCUAAGAAUCUUAUGGAUCGAUCAUAUGACCCAGAUGAAAAUACGGUAGCCAAUGGAGUUAAUGAAUUUUUUUCUGGAAAUAGAUGCAUUAAGACAGUUGAAGAUAUCUAUAUCAACAAUUGAAUUAGCUUCAAUACACCAUAAUUAAUCAAUUUAUUUCAAUGGUUAUUUUAUUACGCAGAUUACACAUCUAUGAUUUUCAAUAACUUAA